CGCGGAUGCCGCCGCGGGCCGCGCCGCGACCGCGGACGCGGGCUGCCGCGCAGAACGCGGACGGCGGUCCGCGGCCCGCGCGGCGGCAGGGCGGCUUCGGCGCGGCCGUCCAGGGCGGCGCGGCCUCCGCGGAGCCGCUGAGCGACCUGCGCACGGCGUGGGCCGAGGCCUGCUGCAGGGGCGACCUCUGCUUCAGAGACCCGCAGCUCGCCGCCCUCGCCGCCUCCGCCGUUGGCCGCCUCGGGCGACCCCCAGCGGCGGCGGCCCACUCGGGCGCACGGCCGUCGCACGCGCUUGCGGCGGCGCUCGUCUUCCCGCCAGGCGGAGGCGUGGCCCUGGACCCGGAGCUGGCGCUGGCGCCGGACUUCUUCGAGUUGGGCGGCCUGGUCCGGGCGGCGCUGCCCGACUUCCUGGCGGACCGCGCCUGGACGGGGCGCAUCCGCCUGCCCUCCUGGCGCCUCGCCGAGCUCCUGCAGCCCCCGGCCGAGAGCUGGCAGCAGCUCGCGGGGCAGGUGGCGGAGCUGGUCGAGCAAGUGGCGUGGCUGCUGAUCGACCCGAUGGGCAGGGAGUCGAAGCGGCAGAUCGCCUCGCUGUCGCAACCCGUGGCCGCCCUGGGCGACGCGCAGGCCGCGGAGCACGGGGGCUGCCCGGCGAAGACCGCCACGCGCCGGCAGAGGAAGCGCGCCGUGGCCAUCCGCCGUGAGGCGGCACUCGGCCUCGGCCAGGCGGCCUUUCGGGCGCCAGCGGGCGGUGCCGCCGGUUGCGCGGAGGACACAUCUUGUCCUCGUCCUCCUCGUCCUCGUCGUCGUCCUUCUCAUUCUCAUCGUCCUCCUCCUUCCUCC